UAAGGUCGCAAUCUCAUUACAGAAACAAGCCGAAGAGAUACAAACUACAAAGGCUGCUACUGAAAGUUUCAAAGCCAUCAGGCCACGCUACCGGACAGAAUCAAAUCAAAACUUUCCCAACAUUAAAAUUUUCUUCUCUUUGUCUACUUCAAAUCAUUGAAAAAUGAAGCUCUUUCAACUAACUCUUCCAACUGCUCUUACCCUCUUCUUCUUCUUCUGUCUCAUCUUCUCCACCAUUGCCGACGAUGAAGCUGCCGUCAUGUCUGAGCUUCUCGCCUCAAUCUCUCCCAUCCCAAGUGGCUGGUCGAACUCGGUCAACUACUGUGCAAAAUGGAAAGGCGUCGAGUGUAGCUCAUCCGGCCAAGUCACCACCAUCAACUUGGCCAAUCACUCUCUAAUGGGAACUCUCCCUUCCAAUCUCACCUCUCUCUCGAAACUCACCUUCCUCAAUCUACAAGGCAACUCCUUUUCUGGGUCUUUGCCUUCGUUAGCCAAUCUCUCUUUACUCCAACAAAUCUACCUGGACGGUAACAAUUUCACUUCUGUACCUUCUGGAUGUUUCCAAGGACUCACCAGUUUGUUGACCUUGAGUAUGACCCAGAAUUCAAAGCUUAAUCUCUGGAGUUUCCCCACUGAACUCGUUGAUUCUUCCAGCUUGGUUACGCUAGAUAUGUCCAGUUGUAAUAUGUUUGGUUCAAUACCAGAUAUCUUUGAUUCAUUCCCGAACUUGCAGAAUUUAAAGCUUUCUAAAAAUCGUCUUACUGGGUCUUUGCCACAGAGUCUUGCUGCAACAAGGAUUCGAAUCCUCUGGCUCAACGGUCAGCAAAGGGGGUUAUCGGGUACCAUUGAUAUGUUAUCGAAGAUGACAAAGUUGUACCAGGUUUGGCUCCAUGAGAACCAAAUCACGGGUCCAAUCCCGGAUCUGUCGAAAUCUCACACCCUUUUCGAUCUUCAGCUUCGAGAUAACCUCUUCACCGGCGUUGUUCCAAGCACUCUGAUGACUCUUUCGAGCUUGAGAAACGUUUCUCUGUCGAACAACAUGUUGCAGGGUCCUCUGCCUUCGUUUCCAUCGUCAGUCACCAAUGUUGAUCUCACAGGUACUAAUAGUUUCUGUAAGGACACUGCGGGGCCUUGCGAUGGUCAGGUCACGACGCUGCUUGAAGUUGCGAAAGAUUUGAAGUAUCCUAUGGAUUUAGCAAACAACUGGAAAGGAAAUGAUGCCUGUGAAAAUUGGAAGUAUGUUAGUUGUGAUUCAGCUGGGAAUGUUGUAACAGUUAAUUUUCAAAAGUGGCAAUUGUCGGGGACGAUCUCCCCUGCUUUUGCUAAUCUCAAAACGUUGAAAAAUUUGUUGCUGAAUGACAAUGAUCUCACUGGUUCGAUACCAGUUAGCUUGACACGUUUGACACAACUUGAGGUUCUUGAUGUUUCAAAUAACAAUCUUUCUGGGGUGGUUCCUACGUUUCCACCGAGAGUGAAGGUAACUACCACUGGUAAUCCACUGUUGAAGAAAUCUCAAAGCUUGAGAAAAGCUAAAGAAAGAAAGUUUGUGCUUAAAGCAGCUAUAGCUACAGCAGCAUCUAUAAUUGGGGUACUCAUGAUUAUCUUGGUCAUCUCCUGGAGAAAACUUCCAUGCUUGAGAAAGAAGAAAAAUCCUGCCCAACGAAGUAUUGAGGACUUUCUAAAGAAAUGUGGACCACUUCAAAUUAGAAGAUAUAGUUAUGCAGAUGUUAAGAAAAUGACCAACUCCUUCAAAGAAAAAUUAGGCCAAGGAGGGUUUGGUUGUGUCUACAAAGGAAAGUUAGAUGAUGGUUCUCUUGUUGCUGUGAAGCUAUUACAUGAAUUAAAAACAAAUGGAGAAGAAUUCAUCAAUGAAGUAGCAACCAUCAGCAGAACGUCCCAUGUCAACAUUGUCUCUUUGUUGGGUUUCUGUUUUGAGGGGGCUAAAAAGGCUCUCAUUUACGAGUUCAUGGCGAAUGGAUCUCUUGAGAAGUUUGUCUUUGAAGAUAAUGCAACUGAAAACAAUCAUACGUUGGAUUGGGAUACAAAUUAUCAGAUCUCACUUGGCAUUGCUAGAGGAUUAGAGUACUUGCAUCGCGGCUGCAACACAAGGAUUCUGCAUUUUGAUAUUAAGCCUCACAAUAUUCUUCUCGAUGCAGACUUUGUACCCAAAAUCUCAGAUUUUGGCCUUGCUAAGAUUUGUAAUAGAAAGGAAAGUCUCAUCUCUAUGUUGGGUCUAAGAGGUACUGUUGGAUAUAUUGCUCCUGAAGUCUUUAGUAGAAUGUUUGGAGGAGUCUCAUAUAAAUCUGAUGUUUAUAGCUAUGGAAUGAUGGUUCUUGAAAUAGUGGGAGGGAGAAAAAAUGUUAAUGUCAGAGUUGAUAAUAGUUGCGAAAUAUAUUUUCCUCAUUGGGUUUACAAUCGACUUGAGUUAGACGAAGAGUUUAGCCUAAAGAGAAUAACCAAUGAAGAAGAUAGAGUGAAAGUGAGGAAAAUGAUCAUCAUGAGCUUGUGGUGCAUACAGACUGAUCCUUCCACUAGGCCAACAAUGAGUAAAGUCAUAGAAAUGUUGGAAGGGAGUGCUGAUUCUUUGCAAAUACCACCAAAGCCUUUCUUGUCUUCACCUACAAAAUCCAUACCAGCUGAAUCUUCUUGUACAUCACCACCUUCUCAUUCCUAUAGCACAUUUUUGUAAUUCCAAAUAUUAAAAUGUUGUGAGAAAUUGCCAAUUGAGUGAAUUUGAAAGCAAAGAUAAAACAGAAUUAAUGAUU